AUGGAUUCCCUCUAUACCAUUUUGAGAUCUGCAAAGAUUUUUGAGACCGAUGGCAUUUCUUUAGACCUCUGUGUUUAUCAAGAUGAUGUCCUCCAUGCAGUCCAAGGCAAGCAGACGACAUUCCACAUUGAUGGAAAAGAGACCAGUUUGAAGGUCUACCUGCCGCGAGCCAAGGAUGUCCAGGAAUACAUUUUCGCCAAUGUACUUCCGAAGGGGUUCGCGGAAUGGAUGAUGCCAGAUCCAGGUACCAUACAUGCUGGGAAGGCCACACCUGAGAGCUUGGCCGCAACCAAGAACAUUAUGCUGGCAUCACAUUCCUUACUCAGCAGAGCUCUUGCCGACAGCGGCAUAGCCACCAUCGAUGUUGCCAAUUGCUACGAGACCGUGAUACCGGAGACUCCACUCGCACCUCGCAAGGGCGGCGGGACUCAUAAGAGUGACAGUGAUUCAAACUGGUCUGACUUGGCGGAGUCAGAGGCUCUGGACAUUACUGGAAAAGCCUCCUCCAAACAACAUCGAUCGUCAUACGGCGGGUUACAUGGUGACUCUGAAGCUCUGAACGAGACUCGUUAUGUUGCGCUUUUGGACAACAUCAUCGCCGCAGGACGAAGAAGUACGAUUUGUCUGCCGGUCCGUGGAACGUUCGGCAUGGGCUUGCUGCAAGACAGUCUACCUAGCACCCACCAAAAUGUGGAUUUCGGUCUGCGCAACCUGUCUGCAGUUGAAAAAGACAUCAAGAUAGGCGCGGCGGGCGAGUUGUUUGUCUUUGAGCUCUUGUCUCACUUGCAAAACGAUGGAGCUCCCGUGCUACCGAAACUCUCCAGAAGUGAGUGGCAAAGCAAUAUCCGCGACCGCGUGAGGGUGCAUCCAGAGUAUGCAGACAUGCCGGCAUGGCUUGGUUACGAGACUUUAGACAAUGUGUACCAAGACACCAGCAACAGGUCGACGGCUCUCUUUCUCGAGAAGAAUUACUUCCAAAACCAGAUACCACAAGUUCUUUCAACCAAUAGCCUGAAGUAUCUGAUUGAGGUCAAAAACUACUACCCUGGCAUGCGAGGAACCAUUUUACAUGAGCAAGUCUCAGUUCCAAAAAGUAAGUCUUUUCAUUCUCUUCCAUCCUUUGAUGCGGCACCUUUCCCAAUAAAAUAUCAGACACCUGACAAGGUGCAGAUGAGGGACCACGUCGUCAGGAAAGACAUCAACGCGAUAUAUGUAAUUUUCAGGGUGUAUCAUCUCGGCCGGAGUAACAUGGGGUUCAAGGUAUACCUGGAUCCAGAGGAACUGAGAGAUCGGAAGCAAUUGAGUUUUACUGCCGAAAAGUGGUCUAUCACUCCGGAUGAUGCUUCGCUGAGUCUCGGGGCGAAGGACUUCCAGCCAAAUUAA